GCAAUCAAAACUCCGUACUCUUAAGACUGAGGAACUACGAAAAUUAUCGAAGCACGUGAAAAAUCUAUGUCGAGUUGUUGCCGUUGAACGAUGCCUGCCGCCUCUACAAAAGCAGAGAAACAAGUCAAUUCGGAUGCUGGGGAUCCAAUGAAACAGAUCCUAGCAGUUUUGGAAAAAAAAGUUCGAAAUCUUGAAAAAAGAAAGGGGAAGUUAGAUGCUUACCGGGAGAAGCAGGAUAAAGGAAUUCCUUUGGAGAAAGACCAGCAGGUUGCAGUAGACAAGUACAAUGAAGUUGACCAGAACUUGAUCUUUGCUCAAGAGCUUAUGAAGCAGUUUCUUUCCAUCAAUGCUGAUGCUGAAAAGUACAACAAGAAGCAUGCAAAGAAGGAAAAGUUAGAACGUCAGACUGCUGAACUUAAACGUGUAAAGGAGAUGUUGAGAGUUCAAAAUCUUCUUGACGGUUUAGGUUCAGAUCAAGUGAGAAGUGAUUUCCAGAAAGGCAGACAUGGAGCUGUGGUUUUGUCGGAAGAAAAUCUGAAUCAGUUGGAUGAUUUGUAUAAACUGAUUAAUCCAUCUCGGGAAGCUAACAAGGAUCAUCUAGCUCAACUAACCACUGCCGCAGAUCAUGUUGUCAACUUAAUUGAUGCAAAGGAGAAAGAAGUAGUAGGAACAACAUACAAGGUAUUAAAGGCACUCAUUGAUGACGUUAGUGGGUGUGGCUACUUUGAACAAGCUCUCAAGGAAGAAACUGCCGAGGAGUGUAAUACUGAACAGGAAUUUGUGGUUGUCAACGCUCAGGAAGUUCCUGAACCAGACUCUGUAGAAGUUCAGUCUGCAUUACCACCAGAUGUGUCUGAAGAACAACCUGAAAUGACAACAGAAAAUGGACAACCACCAAUGAACAAUUUACAGGACCCAGAUUCUUUUUUCUCAGAAGCUCCAACGGCAACAACAACACAACAAGACGUAUCUUACCAACGCCAGCGACCAUUCCAAGAAAUAGUCUCUUCAGUACAAGGCAACUUUAAUUUUUUACAAGAAUCAACAAUUGAUAUGGAAUCCCCGCACAUGGAUCCAGCUGUGGUAGCAGCACAUCCUAUGCCUGGAAGACCACAAUCAAGACAGACCGAUAGUGGUAUGUCACAGACAUUCACCAACUCGGGUUAUGGAGGAGAAGUUCAUCAGCAGCAACAAACACCAUCAUUAUCACAGACAGCAGAAACACCACAGUCAUAUUCACAACCGGGGCAUUCAUCACAAUCAUAUGGACAAAACAGUGACUCUUUAUUCAGUGAGGACACUAUUUCACAAAAAGUUUUAGGACAAAGUGUGCCCGAUUCAACAAUUUCCCAGUUUGAAUUACAUUCACAGAUGCCACCUGGUCGCGAUUCCAAUCAACAGAACUCCCAGUCCGCCGAGUCCCAAGAUAAGAAAUUUACCAUGAAUCCAAAUGCCGGAGUAUUCCAGUCUCAGUUAUACUCUGCCUCUCACCCAGAUGGGGAAGACUCACAACAAAAUGAACAAUCAGAAGGAGGAAAUUUCCAGUCAAGCAAUAGUUAUAGAGGUAACCAGUGGAAAAGCCGUGGGGGAAGAGGUGGUGACCGAGGUAGUGAUCGAGGGGGUGACCGAGGUAGUGACCGAGGUGGUGACCGAGGUAGUGACCGAGGUGGUGACCGAGGUAGUGACCGAGGUGGAAUGUCAAACGGCUACAGAGACAGAAAUAACCGUGGAUCAGAAGGAGGCAAUUAUAGGGGUGGAAACCGAGGUGGUUACCAAGGCUACCCACCAAGAGACAACUAUCGACCUGAUGGUUACCAAGGUUACAAUGGCAACUACUCUCGUGAUCGUGAUGGAGGAUUUAAACGUGGUCAAUCACGGGGUGGACCUCGGGGAGCAGGAAGAGGAGCUCCAAGAGGUGGCCGUGGAAGUGGAAGUGGUGGACAUCGUGGUGGCUCAUCAGGUGGCUUUGGAAAGCCACAACAGGCACAACAAGUGUCAUAGACAGCAUGUCAGAAGCUUUUAUAUAUAUAAAGUUGUGGAUGAUUAAGCAUGUGGACUGUGGUUUAUUUGUGAUAGCAUUCUUAAUAAUUGAUCUUCGGGCAAAUUUGAUUACAGUUUUUGAAAGCUUUUUGUUUUCCUUGGGCUUUAUAUGUUUGAACCAUGCAUUUGCUAACAAAAUUCUAAACAUCCUCAUUUCAUGUCAAAACUUUAAAUUAAAUUUCCAGAAUUCAUUUAUGUAUUGAUUGUAAGGGGUACUUAUAAAAUUGUAUGUAUGAAUGUGUAUGUGUCAGACCACUCUUUGUUGUCCACAACUUGAUGUAUAAGUAGCAUAAUUCUGCCAUUAUAGACGUGGCAAGGCAAUAUUCAACGGCAAACAACGUUUAAACCUAAGUUGUGAUUGUACAGAUUAAAAUGAACAUCCAAUGAAAGUGCUUCACUCAGAUGAUUUUUUUGUACUUUAAUAAUGUGGUGUUGUAGAGACUGAUAUGAACUCUUUUGUACAAAAAUUGAUCAGGAAUUGAUUCAAUACCAAGUAACUUACAUAUUUUUUGUUUAUUCAUUCAGUGCUAUGAUUUUGUUUAUAUUUGCAUCUUUGAACAAAACACAAAAGUCAAUCAAAGAAAGUAUUGAUUGCAUCCAGCAUUUUUGUCAAAAAAAAAGAAAAAAAAUAAUAAAAAAAAAAUAGAAAAAUUUUGAGACAUUGAUGAAACUUUGAAUGGUGUUAAUCAGAUUGUGAUAUAGUGAUAUAUCGGUGGAUAAUGUUUCUGUAAUCUUUGUAACAUAUGAACUUGUGCAUUAAAAGUUUCAUUUAAACAUA